GCUACUCUCUUCAGGUACUCCAAGUGCGUAUCAAAAUCAGCCGCGAAUACUACCAAAUCGUCCAGAUAUACUUUAACGUUGGACCUCAGUUCAUUCGGUAUAACCUUGUCCAUCAGCCGGCACAACCUUUGAGCGGCGUUACACAACCCGAAAGGCAUCAUGCGGAAUUGGUACAACGGUCGCCCUGGUACCGUAAACGCAGUGCACCUUCUACUGGACUCCUCCAACUCCACCUGCCAAAACGCAAAUUUCAGGUCCACACUGGAAAUAUAAUAUGUCUGAUCGAUUCCAGAUAGGAUUCCCUCCACGCAAGGUAGCGGAUAGGCAUCUUUGACUGUCAGUUUGUUCAACUUGCGGGCAUCGAGGCAAAAGCGGUUCUUGCCCGGCCGUCGCACUAUGGUGGUGCGGUUACUCCACGGACUAUCGCUUACCUCGAUGACGCCAAGCGCCAGCAUGCUGUCCACCUCAUCCCACACAAUCUUCUGCAUAGCGGGUGAUAGAGGGUAGUGCCUGUCUUUCACUGGCUCUGCUCCGCUGACCAAUUCAAUUCGGUGAGUCUCCAAAGUAGUCUUGCCUAAUCCCGCUUCUUCGAAGGUUAAAAAUUCUUUUUUUACUUGUUCCAAUUGCAGCUUUUGUUGUUCAUUCAAUUUCCACAUAUCUGGUUCAGGCCUUACUUCAUCCUGGUCCGCAUAAUGCGCCACUCUAUCAGCUAGCAAUUCAUCGAGGACAAGUCUUUUAACGUCUGGCUUUUCCGGAGGAAUUAAUAGUGGUGCCAAAUUAAACAGCCGCCAAAAGUCGAUGCCGAAAUACGCGUUCUGUUCGAGUGCUGGGCAUACGUAAAAUUCCAUUUCUUUGGCCUCUUCUCGAUACACCACUGUUCCAGACUGCCCUUGCCUAGCACGCUUACCGAGGCCCCGGUAUCCAGCAAACCGCGUAGCACGUGGCCUCGUACCAGUACUUCGGCAAAAAUCCUCGGAUCUGCUGCUCCUUCGCGUCGCACUGCCUCGGCUACCAGCUUCUUCGUCUGCCUUCUCACUCGGAAUCGUGCUCGGGCCUUUUUAACUUUGGCUGUCACCAUCCUCAUCCCAUCUAACUGAUGUUGGGCAAAAAUUCUAUUACGCGCCUCCAGAUAUGCCCGCAUCUUUUCCUCGUACGGACCGCUCCGCUGUCAUCCUGGUGGGCACCUGUGUCGAGCGCGAUUCGCCCACUUGCUCCGCACUCCGACGGCCGUUUCCCGUGCAAUCGGGACAGGUUGGACUAUAGGUGUCGGGCCUGCCACACCUAUAACAGAAGACGCGCCUUUCCGGUGACAUGCAGUCGCGGAAACUAUGGCCGGCUUGUCUGCAGUUCCAGCAAACUAACGCCUGUUGCGGACGCCUUGCCAAACGCGCCUCUUCAACUACGCCGAAAUCCGCCGACUCCUCGCCGUUAGUGUCGUCGAUCAACUCCUCCACUGCCGGUGGACGGUUUCCGCCACUAAAACGUGUGCCGCUGCGUGUUGGGAACACGCCUUCUCGCCGCUGGACCAUAGCUUCCACCUCUACGCAUUCGUCACAUGGUGCUGUGUGGAGACGCGACGCCAGUUUCCUCAUGGCAUGGAAGUACUCCUCAACGCUUUCGCUUGCCUUCUGCCGUCUUUCGCGCAAUUGACGCAUGCGCUCGAAUUCAUCGGCGGCGCCUUUAAAACGGGACAGCAUGCUUCGUUUUAGUUCUGGCCAGCUGUCUGCCCGGUGG